AUGCAGAAGAGAAAUUCCCUGAGAAGAAAAGUAUCGAGGGUAUCUACUCUGAUCUUUUGGCCCCAUCUGGUGGCUUCAGGUCUGACUGAACCAAGUGCUGCUCCGUUAUCUCCUCCUGCUGGUGAGAAUUGUGGGGUCCAACCGCCGGCCUGGGAGAUCGCUUUUCCUGAGGUGGCUUUUUCUGAAGGCGGUUAUACUGAGGAGAUUAUCCUGAGGCGUUUUUUUCUGAAGGCGGAGAUCGCAGCUGCUUGGAAAACGUGUUUGCACACAGUCCAAAUAUCACCCCCGUACACAAGCCCACUUUGCCAAGGCGUUCCUCAAAUUCAAAGGGAAAUUGAAGUGCCACUGCCACUGCCACCCCAAUGCUCCAGAUGUGAGACUAAGAAAUCUCAGUCCAGCAAAAUUGUGCCCAGUGAUCAUGGCGCAUCUGAAAAGAGAGAGGAGAAUUACCAAGCAAAGAUAUCUCCAUCUUCACCUCAGCGACCACUCAAAAAGAGGUCAGCUUUUGAAGAUCUCAUCAACGCUUCUCAAAGUCAACCUGCCAAGCCCAAGAAGGAAGCCAGUAAUGAGUUUGUUAAAGAUGUUUCCAAGGAGAUAAACAGGAACACACCUGCUCGUGGGUAUAAACUGGAACUCUCACCAGUAGUAGUCUCAACCACCAUGGUACCAAAUAUUAUAGACAAACCGCUCAUUCUGGAGAUAUCUACCAGCUCCAAGACACCCACUGCUGAGGAGGCAUCUCUUUUCAAAAAGCCAUUCAUUUUAAAGGAGGAACCCACUAUUGAGGAUACAAUCCUCAUCAAGAGGUCAUUAAAAAAGAGCACAAAUCAGGGGGAGGUGUCCCUCUUAGAUAAGCCACUAUCCUUGCAGGAGGAGACUGACAGUGAUGUUGUAGAGCCAAUGACUUUUGCGAAGAAGAAGAAGCCUAAAACUGAGGAGGUGACCCCCACCAAGAAGCUGUUAUCUUUAAAGAAAAAGUGUACCACUCAGGGGAAAAUGUCCUAUAUGAAGAAGCCACUAGUAUUGCAGAAGGUCACCUCUGAAGAGAAGUCACUCGCUAAGGAGCUGUUGUCUUUUGAAAGAAAGCCUACCACUGAAAAGGAGUGCCUUUUCCAGGAGCCAUCUGCAUUGCCAAAGAAGCACACCACUGAACAAGAGGUGUCCAUCUUGAAGAAAUCAUUGGCCUUGCAGGAGAAGAUCGACACUAAAGAGGAUUCCGUCUUUAAGGAACCAUUGGCUUUUAAGAAACAACCUACCACAGCAGAGACAACCCUCACCACAAGGCCAUUAUCUUUAAAGAAGAAGUGCACUACUCAGGGGAAGAUAGCCCACUUGAAGAAGCCAUUAGUAUUGCAGAAGACCAUCUCUUGAGAGAAGGCACCCAUUAAGGAGUCAUUGUCCUUUAAAAACAAGCCUACCACUAAGGAGGAGUCCCUCUUCCAGGAGAUAUCUGUGUCGCAAGAGAAGCACACCACUGAUGGGGAGGUUACCCUUUUGAAGAAGCCAGGGGCAUUGCAGGAGAAAAAGGAUGGUGAAGAUGAAUUUCUUAUGGAGCCAAUUUCCUUGAGGAAGAAGCAUACUACUAAGGAUGCAACCCUUUCCAAGAAGCCAUUACCUUUAAAGAAGAAGUGUACCACUCGGGGGAAGAGGUACCACUUGAAGAAGCCACUAGUAUUACAGAAGACCACCUCUGAAGAGAAGUCACUCAUUAAGGAGCCGUUAUCCCUUAAGAAGAAGCCUACCACUAAGGAGUCCCUUUUCCAAGAGCCAUCAGCAUUGCAGGAGAAGCACACCACUCAGGAGGAGGUGUCCAUCUUGGAGAAGCCAUUGGUCUUGCAAAAGACUCCAACUGAGGAGGAGUCCCUUUUAAAGGAGGCUUUGGCUUUUAACAGGAAGUGUACCAUUGAGGAGGCAACCUCCUCUAAUAAGCUGUUAUCUUUAAAGAAGAAGUGUACCAGUCAGGGUAAGAUGUCCUGUUUGACCAAGCCACUAGUAUUGCAGACCAUUUCUGAAGAGAAGUCACUCAUUAAGGAGCCAUUAUCCUUUAAAAUAAAGCCUACCACUGAGGAGGAGUCCCCCUUGAAGAAACCAUCUGCACUGCAAGAGAAGCACACCAUUCAGGGGGAUGUGGCCCUCUUGAAGAAGCUGUGGGCAUUGCAGGAGAAUAUAGACAGUAAAGAUGGAAUUUCUUAUGGAGCCGUGUCAUUUAGGAAGAAACAUACCACAGAUGUGGCAGUCUCUACCAAGGAGUCAUUAUCUUUAAAGAAGAAAAAGUGUACCACUCAAAUGAUGAUGCCUAUCUUCCAAGAACAGUUGGACUUGUAGAAUAUGAUUGGUGAAGGUAAGGACUCCUCCUUUAUGGAGCCAAUGUCAUUUAGGAAGAAGUCUUCAACUGAUGAGGCAAUUCUUACCAAGACACCGGUAUCUUUAAAAAAGAGGCAGAUCACUCAGGGGAAGACGUUCCUUUUAAAGAAGCCACUGGUCAUAGAGAAGACUACCUUUGAAGAGGAGUCACUCUUUAAGGAGCUGUUGCCGUUUAAAAAAAAGUCUACAACUGAAGAGGAGUUCCUCUUCCAGGAUCCAUCUGUACUGAAAGAGAGACACACCACUCUGAAAGAGUGGCUUCUUCUCUCAAAGAAGCCAUUGGCCUUGCAGGAAAAUAUCACCACUGAAGAAGAAUCAUAUAUUAAGGAGCCACUGACCUUGGAGGAGAGGUCUACCACUGAGGAGAUGCUCCCCUUUUAGGAGCCAUUUUCAUUGCAUGUUAAACCUACCAACAAAGAUGAGUCCCUCUUCAGGAAGUCUUUUGCCUUGCAGAAGAAGACUGAUAACAAAGGGGACUCCUUGAAGGCACUGUUGGCUUUGCAGGGCAAAAGCACCACUGAAGAGGAAUUCCUUUUCAAGAAACCAUUGGUUCUGAAGGAAGAGCGCUCCACUGAGGUGGCAGUGAGCAUAGAGGGGCAAUUAUCUUUAAAGAAGAAGCCCACUGCUCAGGGGGAGGUGUUCCUCUUGAAAAAGCAGUUGGCCUUGCAAGAAAACAUCACCAGUGAAGAGGAAUCCCUUAUUAAGCAGCCACAGGCCUUGUAGGAGAAGCCCAGGAUUGAAAAGGAGACCAUCCUGAGGGAGUCCUUGACCUUGCAGGAGAAUCUCACAAUUGAGGAGGAGGCUAUCCUGAAAGACUUGUUUUUCAAGGAGCCAUUGGCCUUGCAGAAGAAUCUCACUCACAAAGAAGACACCUUUCUCAAAGAUUUCAUCAUCCUCCAAGUUGAAACCAGCCCACAUGUGUCCACCACUGCCCCUGACUCUAAAACAGGCUUGUCCAGCACUGUCACCAUGCCCAGUGUGGGCAAGUUCAGUACCAGCCAGUCCAGUAUUUGUGAAUCCAGUUUCAGUAAAUCUUUCUCAUCUCAGGACAAGAGAUCAGAGAAGGAGAUGACCCCACUGGAGGAUAUUGACAAGGACCACAGUGAUCCAUUUUUCAACUCAAUAUAUGCUAAGGAUAUCUUCAGUUACAUGAAGGAGAGAGAGGAGAAGUUCAUACUUAAAAAAUAUAUGACCAGGCAGACUGAUAUCAACAGUGACAUGAGGGCCAUUCUCUUGGACUGGUUGGUGGAGGUGCAGAAAAGAGUUAACAUAACAGGCAUGAUGCUGCUAGCCUUAGAAAGGCCUGUUUGCAAGGUUGCCCUUUGGCUAGCAUCUGGGAACUUGAUUGGACUUCAUUAUGAUGUUGAUAGGAUUGGUAAGAGUGGACAGCCUUGCCUUGUCCCUGAUCUUCGGAGUGAAGCAGUUAAUCUUUCACCAUUAGUAUGA